GUAAUUUUAACACUUCUGUUGAGCUCAGUUUUCUACAAUCAGUGUGGUGCACAUAAUUAUGACAACUAUUUUGCUCAGCUGGCUGCAGAGAGUCAAUCUGUUCAUGAUCAAUUCUUGAGAGAAAACCCUCGUGCCUCGUACAUUUUGGAACGCCUGAAUUCAAACGACUAUCUUAAUGGACACCCUAUUCUUCAUGAAUCCCCUGGAUUCCGUGAAGGUAUUGACGAUUACUAUUGGCAGACAUUUAUGAAGGAUUUGAACAAUGCUCGAAGACUAGCUGCCCAACGCGAUGAUGACACAGAGGAGUUUGAAUCCGCCUUUCCACAAGAUGUAUUCUACAGCGAACGUCAGAGCGCCUCGGACUUGGACAAAGUCGCAAACCUCAAGGGACCGGAAAUCUCUUCUAGACGUAUAGAGGUGGCAGAACAAAAUCCUCUCUGGGGUGAACACAAAGUGUCCGGAGGCUCGAGUGAAACCGGCCAGUGGUUAGAUUACGCACUACUCGGAGCCGAGCGUCAAGAAUCGGACGCGGACGAUUCCGCUAACACAUUGACAGAUUACACGGACGCUGAAGCGAUUGCGCAGAUCAAUCACGGGCGCCCGUUUAAAAAUGACACUUUACCAGCCUACUGUGAUCCACCAAAUCCCUGUCCGAUCGGUUAUGAUCCGGAAAGUUUGCCCACUCCUUGUGAUCCGAAUUACUCGAAAUACACGAUGGAAUUGAAUAGGGAUUUGAUUUUGAGUAAAAUGGUCAGUGGAGAGUGUAUUUGUGAUACGGAGCACAUGAAUUCCUGCUCAUACGAAGCCAGUCGACCGUUGGCAUACUCACCUUUGAUGGACUGGCCGCAAUCGAGCAUCGAGGCCAAUCCGUAUAUGCACGGACAACUCCGAAAACGACUUGUCGCGAAAAAGUCAUUCAGCCCCAAGUCACUCAGACGAAAUGAGUAUCUGAAAGGACAAAUCCUGAAAGCAGUUGUGAAAAAAACCGGACCGUACACUGCGAACGAGUGA